CAUGCCACAUUUUAUGAAAAUUCUCGAGAUUCAGAAGAAACGGCGCGUUGUCGCCAGGGUGCACUGCCGAAACAUCAAGAACGAAUGUCCGAAGCCGAGCUGCGACGAACCAGUGCUGCACCCUGGACGCUGCUGCAAAGUAUGCUCUGGCGACUUCAACAGCCCAGAUGUGCUCCAUGACAUCCCAUCAGUGCUGACACCUGAGGAAGAAGAGAGAAACAUGAAGCAUUUUGCCACAUUGCUGACUGGCCGAACAUCCUCCGUCUUCCACAGAGAUGACGGGUUGCCAUCUGUUGGUCUGCAGCAGAUCAGCAACAGCAACUUUGUUGCUACUGGUAGAUUCACCUUCCAUCGCAAGAACCUCUUCUAUUCUUUCUACGUGUCUGAUCCCUUGUACCGCCCUCGAGCCCUGCAGUUUGCUGACUUUGAGGGCAAUAUACUCGGGGAACAGGCUUUGUUGAUUGAUGGAGUUACCAGCGUGUAUCAGAAUGUAACUGGCAAGGUGUGUGGAGUGUGGCGGAGAGUCCCAAGAGACUACCGCCGACUGCUGAGGGAAGAGAAGAUGUUUGUCUCUUUGCUGUGGGGUGCCGCAGAUCAGGAGCAGUACGUUCUCAGUGGGCAGGUGGCAAGGUAUCGCUCACUGAGCACCGAGCUGUUCACGUCACUCAUGCAGCCAGCCCCAGGGACAGAUUCACUAAUGAUGAAUGGUGCUGGCGGGACAGCUAUCGUGUCUGUGUCAUCGUCUGCUCCGUCAGUACAUGUGUCAGUAGUGUUCAAUGGCGUCUUCUCCCCCGAUGAUGUUGCUGAUGUUCCGCUAGUCGUGCGGCUUGAAUCGCUUGAAAAGCAGCAAGUAGUACUCCAAGAGGAGGUGAAGGUGGAAAAGCCAGCGCAUGAACUGAACGUUGUAGAAGUUCAAACUGCUGUUUCAAGUGCAGAAUUGAGAUUGCUGACAAGGGGGAAGCUGGUGUUAUCCAUAGCUUCAAAGAAGAAACCAACAGAGCUGAGGUUGGAAGGCAAAGUAAUGACACGGGCCACGUGCGAAAUAUUUCAGGGUGUGUUGUCAUCAGCAGACACUGAAAACAGUAAUGGUGAAGAUGAAGAUUUUGAAAAAUUGGUGUCCGCUCAGACGUCGACAUCUGGCAUGGCAUGGAUGUACGUGAAUCGAGAUGGAUCACUAGUUUAUAGUGUACAGCUGGAUGAACUCAGCCAUCAUGAUUCGCCAAUGCUCGUUCUGGUAUCAGGUCAUCGCAAUGGUGGAAGACGUUCUAUGGUGGAACUUGAGGAUCUUACUCCGAGUCUGAGCUCUGGCUGGGCAAAUGGUACAUUAGACAGGCUUAGUGCACGUGAACUUGAGCAGUUAUAUGCUGGUGAACUGGCUCUAAAUGUUGCAACGAGGAUGGAACCGAGCCUUGUGAGCGGGAGACUGGUACCGAGGCCAGUGGCCGAUGCCAGAGAUUCCCACUCACCGAUACUGCUCAAGAGACUAGAUGAAACGGCACCGGCUACAUUAGUUGGAAUGGCCUGGCUUGCAAUUGAUUCAGAGUGCAGCUUACAUUUUGAGGUAGUGCUCUCGGGCCUGACCACAGAAGAUCAAAACCUUGAGCUCUGCUUGAAAACAUUACCAUUUGUAAUACCUGGAGCCCCAGUCUUCAGGAGAGUUUUGGAGGAGUUCAGAGGAAAUCAUCUAGAAGGUUUUGUGAUGGGCAUAUCACAGACUGAAUUCUUGAAAAUCGACUCAGGAUUUAAUUUCUUGGAGUUGCAGGAUCAAGCUUCGGGAUCUGUUUUCUUAAGUGCAAGACUUAAUCGGAUAUCAAUUCCAUUAUCCUGCUUGCCGAAGUAUUCGGACAAUGAUGUCCCUGGCAGUACUUAUCUGCAGGCUGAUAGCAUCAUACCAGAAGCAACUAAAUGCUAUUAUGAAAUGCAAUUCUAUGAGGAGGGCUCUCAGUGGGUAUCAAAACAAGACCCCUGUAUCAUGUGUAACUGUCAUCAGAAUCUUGUAAAGUGUGAUACAGUUCCAUGUCCUCUGCUCUCAUGCAGCAGCAAGACGGCACCUGGAGAUUGUUGUCCAACGUGCACAAAUUCAAGUGCUCCGCAGGAGAGUAACACAAGCGUGACACGAGGUUGCUACCUGGCAGGACAGUUCUAUGCAGCCGGCAAGAGCUGGCAUCCCUAUUUGCCUCCCAGUGGCUUUGAACUCUGCGCAGUCUGCACUUGUGAUGCUAAUACUCUGGAAGUACACUGUCCACGAGUGCAGUGUCCUCCCCUAACCUGCAAAGAACAUGAAGCCUUCCGUCCAGAUAAGAAAGCAUGCUGUAAACAGUGUCCUGUCUUAACGGUAGGCGACACUCAGUUGGCAAUGGAUGAGCAGAACCCAAAUGGUACACUCACUCAUCGUACAGAUGAGGAUAUUCUGGCAAGUGGAGGCUGCAAGUAUCACGCUACAGGAGACAUUUUUGAAAAUGGACAUGAGUGGCACCCAAGAGUCCAUUCACACGGGGAAGUAAAAUGUGUUACAUGCAGAUGCAAGGAUGGUACAAUAAAGUGUGAACGUAAAAGAUGUCCUCGGUCAUCCUGCAUACCUGACACAAGCGCUUUUAUGUCCUCACGAAGACGAAACACUUCGCAAUUGACCGCAGCUGGUGAUGAGUGCUGCCCUCAAUGUCGACGUAAUAGGCGUCACCACCGUUCUUCAUAAAACAGCUGAGCUUGAGAGAGUGUGUGUCAGACAUUAACCACAUUGCUGCAAAACGAAGAGUCGCACUGGCGUUUGAAGAAGCCGCUUGAAUUGCUUUGCAGCGUAUUCAGAAGAUCAGCAUUGAUGGAAUGUGUAUAUUAAAACUAUCAGAAAUUCAUAUACCAGCAUAGCCAUUCUAGGCACAAAUAAUAUAUUUCAAGAAAUGUGAAUACUGUGUAACUAUAGUCUUAUGUUUAUAGCAUGAGUGUUUUACAGUGUUGUCUAUAAUUCUCCUUAAAGACUGAGUUACUUUGAAGUCAGCCAGUCAGUGAUUAGAUGAAUACAGUAAAGACGACUUUUUAUCAA